AUGUCAAUCCUUUCGAUUGCUGCUGCUGCUGCUGCACUGGCUGAAACUGAGGCUGCUGUAGCAUUUGCUCGUCAGGGGUGGUAUGGAUAUUGAAUUUCAUAUUUGUUUGAAAAUGGCUUGCUCCAUGACUCGCAAGGUUUUCACUUAUACAACAUGAAAGAGAGGAAGACAGAGAGGAGGAGAGAAAUAGAAACGCAAGUUGUAUGUAUUUAUGUGCUACAUACACAAUGGGAGAGAGAAAAAGUCCAUUAAUAAUCGCUUCUCUCUCUCUCCUUCUUGUCGUUGUCGCUCUUAUGUUUACUAUAGGAAACGAAAAUGAAACGAUACAAAAUCAAUAGAUUGAGUCUGACAUCGAUGGAAUGGAAUAAAAACUUAUGAACAUUAGAAGACGUAACAUAUGUAUAAAUACAUAUUCAACAAAAUCGUGUGCUCAUUUACCUUUCUAAUAAAUGUUUUUUUGAUAGCAAACAACAAGUCAUUGUGUUAAUAUGUUGAAUAAAGGA